AUGGAUGAUUUUACAGUAGAACCAAACUUAAGCUCCUUAAUUACUUCAUCAACUCACAAGUGGAUUUUCGUUGGUGGUAAAGGUGGUGUUGGUAAAACAACAUCUUCUUGCUCCAUUGCGAUUCAAAUGGCUUUAGCACAGCCAAAUAAACAAUUUUUAUUGAUUUCUACUGAUCCAGCUCAUAAUUUAUCAGAUGCCUUUGGUGAAAAAUUUGGUAAGGAUGCCAGAAAAGUUACAGGUAUGAAUAAUUUGUCAUGUAUGGAAAUUGACCCAUCUGCUGCUUUAAAAGAUAUGAAUGAUAUGGCUGUUUCUACUGGUUCUGAUGACCAAUCUGGAUUAGGUGAUUUAUUACAAGGUGGCGCUUUAGCUGAUUUAACCGGUUCUAUUCCAGGUAUUGAUGAAGCAUUAUCAUUUAUGGAAGUCAUGAAACAUAUUAAAAAUCAAGAACGUAGCGAAGGUGAUGAUUUUGAUACUGUUAUAUUUGAUACUGCACCAACUGGUCAUACUUUAAGAUUUUUACAAUUGCCUACUACCCUAUCUAAAUUAUUGGAAAAAUUUGGUGAAAUUACAAGUAGAUUAGGACCAAUGCUAAAUUCAUUAGCAGGCACUGGUGACGUUGAUAUUGCUAGUAAAUUAAAUGAAUUAAAGCAAAACGUUGAAAAAAUUAGACAACAAUUUACCGAUCCAGAUUUGACUACAUUUGUUUGUGUUUGUAUCAGUGAAUUUUUAUCAUUGUAUGAAACUGAAAGAUUAAUCCAGGAAUUAAUAUCGUAUGAUAUGGAUGUAAAUUCUAUUAUUGUCAAUCAAUUACUAUUUGCUGAAUACGAUGUUGAACACAAUUGUAAAAGAUGUCAAUCAAGAUGGAAAAUGCAGAAGAAGUAUUUGGAACAAAUUGAUGAAUUAUACGAUGAUUUCCAUGUUGUUCAAAUGCCAUUAUGUGCUGGUGAGAUUAGAGGCUUAAAUAACUUAACUAAAUUUUCUCAAUUUUUAAAGAAAGAAUAUGAUCCUGUGGAGAAUGGGCAUAUCAUUUAUGAAUUAGAAGAAAAAAAUAAUUGGCAUAGUUCUGUUUGUGGAAAGUAUUCACUGAAUAUUUACUUCAUAUAUAACCAAUUAUAA